AUGGCUGAGCAACCGGUCCCGGAGCACCGAUUCACGUCGGUCCCGCUCGCUCGUUCUACGCUAGAGCGUCACUGUGCCUCGAGCCGGCCCGUCGUGGUCCGCGGCGCUCCGUCCUGGCCCGCGCACGACCUGUGGCGCUGGCCGGGCGUGCUGGACCGAUGGCGGGGCCUCGCGGGGCACCGGCGCGUGCACGUCAUGCGCUCCGACUCCCCGUCCUUCCACGGCGACAUCUACCGGCACAGUCCGGAGCCGAUGCUGCUCUCCGAGUUCUGCGACAUGGCGGCGGCCCCGCCCGCACACACAUCUCACUUGUACAUGGCGCAGUCGCCGCUGGCGCGCGUCGGACCGGGCAGGCGGGACCCCGAGGACCAGCUCCGGGAGCUGCUCGCCGACAUCGCCCCGGCGCCCGCGCUGCUCCCGCGGGAGGCCCUGCUGGCUGACAGACAGGCCGGCGCCGGCCUCUUCGCGCACUCGGACGGCGCGGACGGCCUUGCACCGCAGCCCAGUCCCCCCGGGGACCCAGGACCGUCGCUGGAAGUAAACCUGUGGGCGAGCGCGGGGCCGACGACGUCCUCCCUGCACUCGGACCCGUGGGACAACGCGCUGUGCGUGGUCGCCGGGCGCAAGCGCGUCGUCCUGGUGCCCCCGUGGGUGACGCCGGCGGUGGCGCCGCACCCCGUGUUCUCGGAAGCCCCGAACCACUCCACGAUCGACGCGGCGGGGCGCGGCCUCGGCGGGACCGAGAACGCGCGGCCGAACCAGGGGCCGGAGCCGCCGGGCUGGUCGGGCGUGGUGGCGAGCGCGAUGGUGGCAGACGUCGGUCCCGGGGAUCUCCUGCUCAUACCUGACGGUUGGUGGCACCUGGUGAGCAGCCAAGGCGGGACGAUCGCCGUCAACUUCUGGUGGGACUCCCCUGCGGGGCAGCUGCUGCGCUGCGGGGCAGGGCAAGUCCUGCUCCGGCGGUCGCUCCGCACGCUCGGCGACGAGACGCGCCAGAGAGUGCUCGCAUCCGCGCCGGUGCUCGAGACGACGCCGUCGGACGCCGAGGCCCUGGUGGCCCUGGCGCAGCUCGGCAUCAAGGGCCCCGCGUGGGCGCCGGGCCGCGGCGCCGACGCGGAGAGCGACGACGUGCUGCGUCUCGUGCGCAGCGUCCCGCCGCUGGCGUUGCGCCGCGUGCUGACGGAGUGUGCGCGGCAGUUCCCUCGAGCGCUGGAGCGGCUCGUGACCGAGGUGGCGUCGCCCGCCGCGAUCGAGCUCCUCACGCAGUCCUUCGAGGCCGCCGACGCGCUGGAGGGCUCCGUCGCUCCCGGCCGGGCGCCGGGGGAGGAGUUUUACAGAGAGUUCUGGGGGGCGUUCGAGGACGCCAAGGCGGGGAUGGCGCGGGUGGUGCGGGCGAAGGAACGGUUCGGGCAGCAGUGUCUGGAGGACGUCGUCCGGCAGGCAUGCGGGCCGGCGGCGCAGAGCGAUGUUUGA